AUAUGAAGUGAUGUUAAUUCGUAAAAGUGUAUUUUCUCGUUUUUCAGCUUGUAAACUAAGAAAUGACAUUUGAAACUGAAAAUAUAUCAAAGAAUGAAGAUGGAAUAUCCAACGGUUACCGGAAAGACGCACAGAAAGGACAAGCGAAGAUUUUCUCAGCCAAGGAAUUCGUUGAUGACCUUCUAGAAAAUGGAAAAAAGAUCGCUUGUGACAAUUCAAUCGAAGAAUUCAACAGUGAUGGAAUCCCAAAAUUUUACGAUGCAGAUAAGUUCAAACGGGGGCAAGAUUUCUUCCAGAAACACAUAUUUGCCCUGUUUUUCUGCAAAUUCAUGGGCCUUAUUGUUACACUCUCCUCGCCAAGAAUUUUGGCGGUAUUGAUAAUGACGAAAAUGUCAGGUUCAAUGAUGACCGCCUACAGAAGAUAUGUUGCUACAGUAUUCCACGUCAACCUAUGGUAUGAAUGUGAAUUGACGCCUGAUUCCAAAUCGAUGAAAUCGUUGAAGAAAGUGAAACAAUUCCACAAUUCCGCUAGUUUGAAAUCUCGAGGCUUGGAGAGGCCUCCAAUAACGCAGGAAGAUAUGGCGUUGACGCAGUUUGGCUUCAUCGGAUUCUGCAUUGCUAGGGCAGAGUUUAUGGGCAUUCACGGUGCUACUCGAGAAGAACUAGAAGGCUUCCUACAUUUCUGGAAGGUGAUUGGUGCCAUUUUGGGCAUUCAGGAGAGGUUCAACCUCUGCAGGGAUUCCCUAGAAGAAACAGAAGAAAUCUGCGAAGAACUCCUAAGCCGAGCUUUCCGUCCAUUUGUGGCCAAAAAAGACAAGGACUUUCUGGAGAUGACGAAAUACCUCACCGAUGGCAUGUGGCACAUAGAUCCCCAACUGAACUUCAGGGUGUUCCUCACCUUCUUGUUCGACGUUAUGAAACCCAAGGAGAGUCUGAAAGACGGUCAGAUCGCCAAAAGCGACCAGUACUUCAAACUCACCUUUAUCGAGAUGUUAUACUACAGAUUCGUUUGCUGCAUAACCUACUUGCUGCGAUUUGAUAUCGUUCGCUUAUAUUACAACCUUCAACACAAUAUCUCCAUAUGGAUUGUUCAUCGGUUUCCCUUUUUGGCAGUUUACGCGUUCGGUUAUAGAAAUGCCAUGGUUUCAAUUGAAGAUGACCAUGUGAAGGCUAACUGAGCUGAGAAAAAGUACCUUAUGACCUAACUGAAUACCUUGCUCAACAUUUGAUAAGGAUCACUGACCUUUCAUCAAUUCAUUUCAGCAAUAUACUCUUCACGAUGUUGGUGAAGUAAAAAAAAUGAUAAAAACAACUUAAAAGUCACUAAUAAAGAUAUAUUCAUACGUGAUCCUUAUCGAUUGUUGAGCAGUGUAAGUGGGUAGCCCAAAAGAAAAAUUUGGGAUUUUCUUGAGCGAAUAUAUAGCCUUGCAUAUAGGGGGAACUGUGUAAGACACUACAAUAUCAUCAAACAUACGUGAAAGUAUCAGAUUAUUAAGCUUAUUACGUUGAAAAGUGUUUAUAUUUCUAAAAUCUGACAAUUCAAGCAGGACGAAAUGGAUAUGAGAGUGAUUAAUAUCUUCUUCUCUAAGCUCUGGAUCAUUUUUGCACUUAUUGAAAGUUGUGUAUCAUGAAAUUCCCUAAAAGUUUUCUGCUUAGUAAUUUUUCAUACCUUCAACUGUUUUGGAGAUAGAAAAGGCAUAUCAACUCUUUUUUCUCCCCAAUUAGAAUUGUGGGCUCCCCAAGUAGAGAAGUCAAACUGUGAUAUUAUAAGUCACUUGUUUAUUGCGAGAAAUAAAAGGUCUUUUUGUGUCGGGGUGACUUCAGGGUUCGGUAUUCAUGAGAGCUGGAUUCGAGGUUUCAUAGCUGGGAUAUGACAUAACAACCUUCGAAAUUACGAUGAGAAAAUCACAAUAGCGAAAAGUCAUCUUAUUUCAGGUUCAUUAUGGAUUUUCAUCAAGUAUCCUGCAUGGAUCCGCCCCUGUCAUUACCUCGGUCCAAAUUGGAAAAAGUGUUGAAAAAUUUGGUCUUGAAUAAACUUAUCAUGAAAGGGAUGUAGAUAUUUGCAAUAGUGUAUUAGUUUCUACGCUUUUUGUAGAAUACUCCUGCUACCUCUCCGGUAACGCUUAUGCGAUAGUACCAAUAACUUCGUAGGCAACCUAUAUCGUUUAAUAUAAAUGUAAAUAUUCACUUGGUUAAGGUUAAAAAUAAUAAUAGGAAUGGAUAUCCAAAAGAGUGAAAUUUUCAAUUCUUUUUCUCUUAUUAGAUGAAAUGUAACAAUAAGCUAUUCAGCAGAAAUUAGUACUUAAUUUUUCAAGUGUGUAGGUAAUAUUUUAUUGAUCAUCAAUAAAGAAUCUAACAUU